GUGCCCUUCGUCUGUCAUCAGCAGGAGCAGGACGAAAAGUCAAAAACCACCGUCUCCGUCGUCGUCGACCGGAUUGCAUCCGACCAUCGGUCAGCGAAGAAAGUGAUCUAAAAGUGUGUUUUCUCGAAUAUUUGCGUGAGUUUCGUGGUUCUCGGUGAAGCUGGUGAGCGUCUGGAUUGUUUUCCCUGGAAAGAUUUCGGGAGCAAGUUCUGUAUCGAGGCCAAAACGAUGGGAGACAUCCGCGACUGGCGCCCCUUUAUUUACGGUGGAGUGGCUUCGAUCACCGCGGAAUUCGGCACUUUUCCCAUCGAUACAACAAAGACGAGACUGCAAAUUCAAGGUCAGAAAAUCGACCAAUCUCACGCGGAGCUCAAGUACAGGGGCAUGACGGACGCAUUCGUGAAGAUAUCCAAACAGGAAGGCAUGAAGGCACUUUAUUCUGGCAUUUGGCCCGCUGUGCUGCGGCAGGCGACGUACGGGACGAUCAAGUUCGGAACCUACUAUACGCUUAAGAAGGUGGCCACCGAAAAGGGCUGGCUGGUGGACAAGUCGGGAAAUGAGAACGUCUGGUGCAACGCCGGGUGUGCGACGAUUGCCGGGGCCGUGUCCAGUGCGAUCGCCAACCCGACCGAUGUGCUGAAGGUGCGCAUGCAGGUGCACGGGAAGGGCACGAACAACGCCGGCCUCGCAAGGUGCUUCAAGGAGAUUUACGUACACGAAGGAAUACGGGGGUUGUGGAGGGGAGUUGGCCCUACGGCUCAACGAGCGGCUGUGAUAGCGGCAGUAGAACUGCCAGUGUAUGACUUUUGUAAAUUGCAUUUGAUGGAGACAUUCGGCGAUCAAGUGGCCAAUCAUUUUAUAUCGAGUUUCAUCGCGAGCUUGGGAAGCGCCGUGGCAUCUACCCCGAUAGAUGUGAUCCGAACGCGCUUGAUGAAUCAACGCCGAGUGCAGCUUCAGGUGCACAAUCUAGGCCCCGGCGGCGGCGGCGGAGGAGGAGGCGGUGGACAGACUGGUGGUGGUGGCCGAGGUGUUGCCGGAGGAGGUGCUGCCAUGGCUGCUGUGGCCACUCCGUUGUCCUCGUCAUCGGCGGCCAAAAUCUACACCGGAAGCUUAGACUGUGCCAUCCAAACGGUUCGGAACGAGGGCUUCCGGGCGCUGUACAAGGGCUUUGUGCCGACGUGGGUCCGCAUGGGACCGUGGAACAUUAUCUUCUUCAUCACCUACGAACAGUUGAAGCAGAUGUACUAGAGUGUGCGAGGCACAGGCGGAACGAUGCUAUUUAGACUAGAAACAAACAAUUCGACAGUGAAUCACAUAGUUUUUAUGUGCGUGUGGAUUGCUUAUAGGACGUAAGACAAUUUAGGACAAUGAAUCUUUAAACAACGUAAGGUGAAAGUGGUAGAAUCACAUUCAAAUCCCUUACAAAAUUUAUUUAAAGUUUUUUUUUAAACUAAGUUUGCUUAGCAAAAUUGCUUAGCGAUUUUUCCUAACAAUUUGUACCAAAGGUCUCAUUUCACUGAUUACAAGCAAUUGCAUUUGGUGUUUUGCAUUUCAUUAACCAUGCAUUCUCACUAACACAACAUUUAAACCACCGAAUUCUUAGUCCGAAAGGUCGGAAAACAAAAGGCUCGAUUUCAAACAUUCUACCUUUAGUUUUCUAUCUUUGCGACGCAAGAUCCGGGAAAAUCUUUUGAAUCAUUUUAACAUUAAAGAUCGUCGUAUUCUGCUAGGCAUUUUCUUUACACUUACAACACACGUAUCUUCCAAAACAUGUAUGUUGCAUCAAACGAGUGUUAUCUACCAAAAUAAUCUGUUAUUGAAAGAAGUAUUGUGUUAUCCAAGCAAAAUUACCCUUAUUCGGUUUAAAUAUCGAUUGUUGAUCAAAUACCUACAAUUAAUCGUAAAAAAGAAACCUAUGAUAGCAAAGUCGUUAUUUGGAACUGAAGUACUAUUAGUAGUCACAACCAAACGACAAACAACAGUUAAACAAAUACAGACACACACCUACACUUAUUAUCAUCACCAACAACCUAAUGGUUAUCCUCUGUACGUGGUACUUGUAUAAGUAGAUGUUAUUUCAAAUUUAUAUUUUGAACAUGUGAAAGCAGAAUAAAAGAGUUUUAGAACAAUCUAA